AUGUCUGACGCAGUCAGACAUCCUGUGGCGGCACCUUCCCAGGAAUUGCAUCAGCUCUCGGAUGCAAUGUCCACGAAUGGCCCACCAACUCACUCCGGCGACUCCCAAGAAGCCAUCACGCCUAGUGUCUCUCUAUCCUCCUAUGGCGUUGAAGACAUGACAGAGGAAGAUAGAAAAAGAUACAAGCGCUCCGCUUCUCUGUCGCCAAAUGAUUUGAGGAAACCCCAGAACUACGGUGCCUCGACCAAGGAGUCCAAGUAUCCAGUGGUACCCCCCUUCAGACUUCCUUCGGAGCGGUCGACAGAUCAGAAGAAGCCAACAGAUCAGAACGUCCUGACAGACCUAGAGGAUCAGACCGAAAGCACGAGCACAGUCUCUCUCAAGCGAAAGAGAUCACUCGUGCUGGAUGCGGAUUUGUUGGAUUCUUCGCAGCCCAAAAAACUUGGACCUACAGAAUAUGGCAGGUUCCGGGGUGUUAUUGGAUAUAGAAGGGCCGAGGAGGCGAAACAAUUUGCUGAAGCGAUGGAAAACUGUGUGCUGAGAACUCGAACUAUUCAUCGCCAUAUCUUUUGGACUGAUGGUUCAAUUGUCUUCCGUUACUGUGCAGCGGGAGCGGUGGCUUGGAAACAACUCCCGUCACUGCAGUGGGUGUCAGAAGGCUUUCCUUAUCCUUCUUACACACAGAGUACGGAAGUUGUGGAGAUGUUUGCCAUCGCUCACGCUUUGAAGCGUGCGAUUCAUGACAUCAGGCAGUCGCUUGAUGGUGAUGCAAUGGAACGCUAUCACUUCCAGGUUACUCACGAGGUUUUUGUCUUUACAGAUUCCGUCGGUGCACUCACGGCUGUUGAAAGCGACGCUUGGGGGAGGCAUACUUCUGGGAACUGCAAACAGGCCCACGAGAUCAUUGAAUACAGCAUUAAGCUCCACAACCUUGGAGCUAAGCUGGGGCUACACUUGGUACCCGGGCACCAAGGUGUGCCCGGGAAUAUGGAAGCUCACAGAGCUGCCUACCAAGCCGCUAAGCGUGCAGCAGCAAAAGCUGGGAUUCAGUCGAAAGAGCAGGCAAGAGGUUUGUACCAGGCUCAAACUGAUGCCGCUAUUGCUGCUGCUGAAGAAAGCUUUUUAGCCCAAGCUAAAAAUGCCAAAGCUACGCCUGUCCCGGCUAGCUCCGUCAGAAAGGUUCCAAAAAGACUUUGUUCAUUGUCCACACUGAACCCUGGCAACGACUCGGGCCCAGGAAAGCUACGGAAGACACCAUAUGAGAAUCCCGUUCCACUUCCUGGUACAUUUGUUCGCCGAGAUCGAACCCCGGAACCAGACCUUGUCCCAGGUCCUACGUUUACUCCUAUCAAUGCAGGUUCGACCUCGUCAAUGGGAUUUACUCCCGUUAAUGCAAGCUUGGUCUUGUCAACAGGAGGCCCAGUCAAGGCAUCAUCAGCACAGGGUCUUUGUCCAGCUGUCGAUUCCCUUUUCAUGUUCGCGCCAGCCGAUGUCAGAGCGACCAUGUCAAAGGCGGGAUAUUCCUGUUCCUUGUCUGAUAUCACACAGACAUCUCCGCCAGCCAAGAAACAGAAGAUGGAGAAGACAAGAAAGACGGACGUGUUGAAUUCCAGCGCUGAUAGCAAGCCGAGCCUUGAGCUCCCUGCCCCAGUCGGAACUCCAGGUUUUCUGUCAUUGUUCCUGAGUCCCGAGUUCUGGUUUGAACGAAAGGACAAGGGGCUACCUGUUUUCGGAGAAACCUCGUUAUCCGAUUCCCCUUCUCAAAGUACCCAACCUGUUGCCGGGACGGGAGCUCUUGCAACGGCAUCGCCUUCUCUUGGUCCCUCCCAAAGGACUGCCAGUCCAGAGCCAAUGCAGAGCUCUAUCCAGUCUCCUACAGAUGUACCUCAGUCAACAAACACAUUCCACUGUUUACCACGUCCUCUAACAGUGAACUCCCCCAAGCUCGGUGAAGAUGCUAUUCCCCAACGUCCUCCAUCGCUUCUCAGUACCUCUGCUUCAAUGGUCACAAUGGGAAAGAUGAGAUCCUUUGCUUCUCCCGGGGAACCUCAAGAUGGACUGAUUCUGGCGUCAACCCCAUCAUCUUGCGAGGAUAAGCUGAAGGACUAUGGUGGUGCGGCACUUCCCCCGCGUCCCCCAUCGGUGCUUCCCACGCUAAAGUCUUCUACUCCGCUACUUACAACAGCAAAGAUGGGUUCUUUUGCUUCUACUGAUGAGCCAAAAGAUGAAGCCGUGGCGUCGAUUCUAUCGUCCGGUGAGGCGAAGUUGAAGGACCCGAAAGAUGUGACUCUUCCUCCGCGUCCUUCAUCAGUGUUUUCCACUCUCAUGGCUUCUACUUCGAUGCUCACAAACGCAAAGAUGAGAUCUUUUGCUUCUCCCAAAAAACCAAAAGAUGGAGUUACUCUGGCACCUGUUUCGUCAUUUUCUGAUGUUAAGCUGAGGUUCUGUGAAGAUACGGCUUUGCCUCCGCUUCCUCAGUCGACACAUCAGGCGCUCAAGCCCGAUCAGGUGAUUGUGACAACGGCGAAGAUGAAAUCGUUUGCUUCUCUUGGAGAGCCGUCCUUUGGACUUAUCUUGUCACCAGCCUCAUCAUUCUACAAUGAUACGAUGGUGCACGAUGAGGAUGCUGAUGAUGCUGCCUUGCCCUCGCUUUCUGCGUCAAUGUUUGUGGUACCCAAGACGUCUCCUUCCAUUGUGACAACCUCAAAGAUGAGGUCUUUUGCAUCCCCUGAAGAACCUAGGGAUGCGCUCACAUUGGCCCCUAUCGCAGCACUCAGUGGAACUGACUCGGGGGCUUUGAUUUCGGCUGCGGCGAGACGGCCUUCAGUGUUUAGUCAUGCCCCAACACUCUCGGCUGAUGUAGCCAAAUGCCAGUCAGCAGAAUCGUCACCGGAUGAUCAUAACUCAGCGCCAACGGUGGCAUCUCAGCCCUCAUCAGGCUCUUCAUUCACUCCAAUCGAUGCAGAAAUCUUAUCGACAGUAAGAACAGAUCUUUCGCCUGCACAGUCAUCCGAUAGCUUUACUGGUGUGUAUACCCCCCAUCAUUUCCACAUAUCUUCAUUUUCCCAUCCAAUCAUCACAGCUAUUGAAGUCUUGAUCAAUUAUUCACAUCCUGACCCAAAUGUGCCCAGAAUAGAGGGUUUGGCGCGCUCACCUUGGUCGAUUGGAAAUUUCGAUCAUGUCGAUGAACGAUGA